AUGCAUGCUCAACACUCAGAGAAGACUGAGGAAAUUGUACUAAUUCCGACUCCAACCGAUGAUCCCGACGAUCCACUGAAUUGGUCAUUCAAGAGAAAGCUGUUGAGUAUGUUCUGCUUGGUUUUGUACAAUAUGGCCGUCGGUGUACCAUCAGCCGCAAUAUACUCUGUGCUGGUUCCGAUAAUUGAGAACUCUAGCUUAACCUUGUCAAACCUGAACGAUGGUACUGGUGUAAUGUUUCUGUUCUUUGGAUGGGGUUGUUUGGUCUGGCAACCCAUGGCACAGCAGUAUGGUAAGAGACCUGUUUAUAUUUUCUCCGUGUUUGUGACAUUGUUCAUGAUGGUAUGGGCACCUUACACCACCUCCUCAGGAGAAUGGAUUGCCUCCAAACUACUGCAAGGAUUCUUUGGUGCUCCAAUUGAAUCUCUGGGUGAAAUAUCUAUUGCUGAUAUCUGGUUCGAGCAUGAACGUGGUCGAUGGAUGUCUGUGUACGCGGUUUCACUUAUAGUAUCCAACCAAAUUGCACCAUUGGUUGCAGGUUUCAUAUCUGAUGGCCAGGGCUGGAAAUGGGUUUGUUUUUGGUGUGCAAUUUUUGACGGUGUUGCCGUUAUUGUGCUAUUCUUCUUCAUGGAGGAAACUAACUAUACGCGUCCUCACAUAGCCGCAGAUGAUGAGAUCGAAGAGAUUCCAGAGGAGAAGCAAAUUGGUAUUGUUACCGUGGAACAAACAGAUUCAAACCCUGAACCAUUAAAGUAUCACAUUGAUAUGGCCAAGCCAAUGAAAACGUACACGCAAAAGCUGCAGCUCCUCGAUAAGCCACGUCCAUUUGUUCUUCACAAGCUGAUGUGGCGGUCGCUUACCAUGUUUCGAUUUCCAGUUGUGUGCUGGUCAGGAUUCUAUUAUGGCCUGGGUGUAGUUUGGUUCAACAUUCUUAAUGCAACGGGUUCAUCAAUUUUCUCUUCCCCCCCAUACAAUUUUUCGUCUUCCAUGGUUGGUGUGACGUACAUUGCCCCCAUUUUGGCCACUGUUGCUUUCUCGUUCAUCAGUGGAAAUUUAGGUGAUAGACUUAGACUCAAUGCUGCGAGAAAGAAAAAUGGGGUCUCUGAGCCAGAGGACAGACUGUGGUUGAACACUAUCUACUUGAUCCUGGGCCCUGGCUGCUUUAUCCUGUGGGGAGUUGGAGCUUGGAAAGGUAUCCACUGGAUAGGCCUCGUUUUUGCAAUGGGAAUUCUAGGUGGGGCGGGUUUAAUGGGCGCCCACUGCUCUAUCAACUAUGUGUUGGAAUCAUACUGUGCGCUUGGCUCUUGUGCUAUGGUUCCUGUAAUCAUCAUCAGAAACACAAUGAGUUUUGCAGUUAACUGGGGAAUUACACCAUGGGUUGAAAAUACCGGUAUAAGAAAUACGUUUAUUGCUGCUUGCUUUAUUUCGCUUGCUGGAAUUUCGACCUACCUCCCCAUGAUUUACUAUGGAAAGAGAACCAGAGUUGCCACCAAGGAUGCCUACUGGAGCUACGUUCAGGAGGCUUUGGAUCUUGGCUUGCCUCACUAA